AUGUUCUUUUUCUCCCUUCUGGCCCUAUUGGGUCCUACACUUUGCCAGGCCGCCUGCCCCUACGCGCAUUUGGCAGAUACCAGAGACCUCGACACAAGCAUCAAGCCUCGCUCUGAUGUCGUGCUCCCUCGCGCUGUGCCGGGAAAGAAAGGCAUCAUGUUGCUGAACCGCAUCAAUCCCUCCUCAUCACAACUGUACAUUGCCAAUGCGGACGGCACAAAUGAGCGCUCUUUGCUGGGCGACAACUCCAACUAUGAAUACCAUGCUUCCUUCCACCCAGACGGUAAACACGUCGUCUUCACCUCCGAACGAAACGGCGAUGGCAACUCCGACAUCUACAUGGCCAACGUCGACGGCACCGGUCUGAAACCAAUUGCAACCACACCCUCGGUCGAAGAUGCAGCAGUCAUCUCCCCCAAUGGCAAAUACGCCGCCUACGCAUCCACGGCCGGCGUCUACACCUCUAACAUCUGGCUCACGAACCUCGAGACCGGCGUUACCCGCAACCUCACCAACCAGACCGGUGUAACAGGCAAGCCUGAAUCGCCAAACGGAUUCUUUGCACCUGCCUGGUCUCCUGAUGGAGAAUGGAUCGUAUUCUCCUCUGAUCGGAACACCGCGUGGACCGGUCACGACAAUGGCACUGGCUGGGAGCAUACUCAAGAACUGGCUAUCUAUGCCAUCACCCCCGAGGGAACUGGUUUCCGUGAGGUGUACAGCAAGCCGGAUUACACCUACGGAUCGCCCAGGUUCUCUCCCGAUGGCAAGCGAGUUGUGUUCUACGAGAUGACUGUGCAAGCAACUUGGGAUGCGCGGUCGUCAUACUCCGUCAACUCCACAACCAACCAGAUCGUUUCUGUGGACUUCAAAACGGGAACCGAUUUUGUGCAACACACCAAUACCUCCGGCGUCAAGAUCUACCCGCAGUAUGUCUCGAAAACUGACAUUGGAUACUUGCUCAAGGGCGGAGACAACGGCGGUAUUCACUAUACCUCCAGCUCGAAGAAGAUUCUCGGCGGUAUGCGCUCGCCUGCGUGGUCUGCCGACGGCAAAUAUGUGGUCUAUGAGAGGACCGGCUGGGAUAUCCGGCCUUUGCAAAAGGAGCUGUGGUCCUGGGACUCGGAAUGGGAUUACCGCUUCAUGGAUGUCUUCCCCGAUCUCUCUCUUGACGGACAAUUGACCUUCACCUCCAAGCAGACGGGUAACCCCGGCAACUCUUCUGUGGUCGUGAUGCCUCCCGGCGACACCGACUUCACCGUGGCAUUCGAUACCUACGAAACCGAUGCGCUCGACGAAGCCACCGUUGCCAAGGGCGGCGGUGGAUCCUUCCAGCCCUCGUGGUCAUCCGAUAGUAAAUGGAUUACCUUCAGUCUGGGCUCGUGGUUCCAGAGCCGUGGCGAGAAGCCCGGCUGGAUCUUCCGGACCAAGCCAGAUGGAUCGAGCUACGAGCAGCUCACCUUCGGCAACUCCUCCAACAAGGGUUUCCCCAGCUUCUCGCCCGACAACAAGAAGAUCGUGUACCGUGAAUACCUGCCUGAAUUUGGCCUGCGUCUGCUGGACCUGGAGUCCAACGAGACUGCCACCCUGACGACCGAGCGUGAUAACCUACCAUUCUUCUCGCCGUCUGGCGAAUGGGUGUUGUUCACGCGCAACAUGACCGACCUGUCAAGGAACGAGUUCUCGAACUACGAGGUGUGCAUUAUUCGUCCUGAUGGAACAGAUUUGACUGUGCUCACCACGUCGUUUGCCAACGAUGCCCACGCUGUCUGGACUGCUGAUGGCCGUAUCAUGUGGUCGACUGGAAUGUGGGGAUUCCAGGCUGAGGCUGCGACUUAUGACGAUACCUUCCAGCCCUAUGGCCAGGUUAUGGUUAUGAAUGUGGAUGGCUCGAACAAGACUGUUCUCACUGAUAGUUUGUGGGAGGAUUCGAUGCCGCGUUAUGUGCCAAAUGAGUUCUUGGGGCAAUGA